AUGGUCUUCACAUAUCGUAACACAUCCUGGACAUAUCGCGCGCGCCCUGCAAUUCCCACUCUUUGGGUCAUGUGCCCCGUCUAUCUUCCCGACGGCACGGUGGUGCCUGUAACAUGCGCCGCGUCCCAGGUUCGCACCUCCAGGAAUUCGCAAUCGCAAUCGCAAUUCCCACGUAACACCGUCCAGUUUAUCCUCUUGAAAUCAGAGAUGCCGUCAAAAGCGUCCGAGUAUGUAACAAGGUGUGUGUGCCGAACGCAGAAGUCAUGCGACCACACGCCCGUCCGCCAGCGAACCACUUGA